UGUUGGUUUUUAUUUCCGGGGUUGUCUUCUCAAAAAAGUCAGGAAGCAUGCUGGAUAACCUAGCAGUUUAAAGAUUCAGAAAUAAAAAUGUGUAAAAUGAGCUUUAGCUGUGUUUGUUAGAGACAAAAGUAAGCGUACACUGAAAUGACAUAAGGAAGCGGUGGCACUGGCUUUGGUGUAUUGGUGAAACAACGUUAACGUUUAAGUGUAUCGGCAGAAGAUGAUAGAACCAGAGCUACUGACCGAGGUCCCUGCAGCACUUAAGCGGCUAGCCAAGCAGGUCGUAAGGGGUUUCUAUGGAGUUGAACAUGCCUUGGCCCUGGAUGUGCUCAUUCGCAACCCAUGUGUACGGGAGGAGGACAUGCUGGAGCUGCUCAAGUUUGAUCGUAAGCAGCUGCGGUCAGUACUCAACACCCUGAAGGCAGACAAGUUUGUCAAGUGCCGCAUGAGAGUGGAAACUGCCCCUGAUGGCAAGACAACACGGCAUAAUUACUACUUCAUCAACUACAGGGUACUGGUCAACGUGGUCAAGUAUAAAUUGGAUCACAUGCGACGGCGCAUCGAGACGGAUGAGCGAGACUCCACCAACCGUGCCUCCUUCCAUUGCCCCCGCUGCUCCUCCACCUUCACUGACCUAGAGGCCAACCAGCUGUUUGACCCCAUGACAGGUACAUUUCACUGUACCUUCUGCCAGACGGAAGUAGAAGAGGACGCAUCGGUGUGUCCUGACGGCAGGACACUAGUGGCGCGCUUCAAUGAGCAGAUCGAACCCAUCUACGCGCUGCUACGUGAGACCGAAGAUGUUAACUUGUCCCAGGACCUGCUGGAGCCUGAGCCUUCUGAGAUUCCUGCUCUCAAGCAAAGCCGUGAACGUGCUGCUGCAGCAGCAGGAGCAAACUUAGGCCCGCACCGUGAAGCCUGGUCUAACAAAGGCGCAACGUACGCUGACAUGUACACCCAGAAUGUUGUUAUCAGCAUGGAGGAACAGGAAGACCAGCAGAAACAGGCCAAUGAAGGCAAGGCACCUAAGGAGAGGCCCGUCUGGUUGACCCAGAGCACCGUGCAGGGUGCAUACAGCGAGCCUGACAUCCUAAAGAACCGUGGAGACAUUGUACCCGGAGCCCAAGAUGUAGCAGCUGGUCAUGGAAUUGGUCAAGCAGAUGAAAAUGAGGAAGUGAUGCGCGCCCUGCUCAUCCAUGAAAAGAGGGGUGCGGCAGGAGCAGGUGGAGCAAGCACUGCUACCAAGGGGCUUGUCUCCGCCACAGCUAACGCCAGCGACUCCGACAGCGACACCAGCGAAUCAGACGACGAGUCUCCCUUGGGUCCUCCCCCUGCCACAGCUACUCAGCAUCGGGCCGCCGAGGAGGAGGAAGAGGAUGAUGAUGAGUUUGAGGAGGUGGGGGAUGAGCCGGUGAUGGUGGGAGGCCGGCAGUUCUCAUACCGAGAGGUCAGCCAGAGGCCAGAGCUAGUGGAGCAGAUGUCUGCACAGGAGAAGGAGGCCUACAUUGAAAUGGGACAAAACCUCUUCCAGAACAUGUACUUCUGAACACACACGCUGAUACAUGUGUACAUUAACACACACACUGGAUUGGCUACGAGUUUACCGAAAGUAUACUUCUGCUGUGGUAACAUCUGAGGAAAUGUUCGUGGACACAACUUCUCAAGAAGAAAUCAAGAUGCUGCUCAAGAAGUAUUUACAGUCCGUUUCUUGCUCUUGCAUUAUAAGAACCAGGGACAUGCUCGAACAGUGUUGCCUAAGUCAUCACACCUUUAGUAUUCUGUUCUAAGUAUUUCUUUUAUUCGCAGUCACCAGACCAGAGUGCCAAUUUGUUGUCUGUUUUUUUUUUCUUCUUCAUUUCAGUUUACCAGGCUGUCUACACCAGUCAUGUUUUAGCCUUGUCUUCAGUCAUGCGUGUCUCUCAUGAAUCUGACGGGCCAGAUACGCUUCAAAUUUGAUCAAUACAUCUCUCUACACACAUAAGUGUAUGUUUUAUGCUUCAAGUCUUUUUUUCUUCGUGUGUGUGUGUGUGUGUGUGUGUGUGUGUGUGUGUGUGUGUGUGUGUGUGUGUGUGUGUGUGUGUGUGUGUGUGUGUGUGUGUGUGUGUGUGUGUGUGUGUGUGUGUGUGUGUGUGUGUGUGUGUGUGUGUGUGUGUGUGUGUGUGUGUGUGUGCGCGUGCAUUGAUUGCAUUUGGCUGUGAGCACUUCCAAAAGACAUCUGCGUGCAUAGCAGUGCUGUGGUUGAACGUAAGCAGUGUGACACUGAAAGACCGAAGCUGAUGUUGUUGUGCUGCUUUCACUACGCUGCCUAUGUAGUGUAGAGAAGGUGUUGGGCCAAAUAUUUUAUUUUUAUUUUUUUCUCAAAUAAUAGACUAAAUUUUAAAAACUCAUCUCAGGCAAAUGUUGAAUACAAGAGGCUAUGGGUGAACUGCUGUGGUUUACAGUAAAACAUUUGUUAUUCUGAACAAUCAGUAAUAAAAAGAUACUGCAGUACAGCAAUAUGCAUCGACAUAUACUUGAUGUGUACAUAGUGAUGAAUAAAAAUUGUGUCCCAGCAUAUACACUUACAAGCAAUUCAGAAUAUAAAAGUAAGGAGCACUGUAACAUUUGUCUUCUCAGAUAAUAUCUAAAUUAUAUCCCAAAGCUAUUUACAGGUAGACCUCUAUGUUCCACACCAUGCUUUUGGGUCUGGAUAUGAAUUCAUGCUACACCAUGGACCUACAUAUUAAAUCUGUUAACUGUUGGUUAAACGGCUACCAUUUUAAAUAAUCAUUAAUAUCAAACAAUCUAAGCAGGCAAAAUGUGUGUCACUGACACAGAAAAACCAUGAUGAAACAAGGUGUGUAUAUCAUUAUGAAUUCAGUUUUUUCAUAACUAUAUCGGCCUCAUUAAAAUAAAUUUCUUUUUAGUUUUCGUUUUACUGUCCAUGGCAUAUCCAUAUGUUUGUGUUGUUCUCUACACAGUAAUGUACCUUACUAUGGGUCAGGAGGUCAACAGUAUGAUGGUCUAGCACCGAAACACCGCAAAUAAAUGUAUUUUUGCAAGAUA